AUGGCAGCUACCAAGAGAGAGGCCCCCGUCCCGCGCACGGGUAUUAUUGCCGGCUUCAACAAGGGCUACAAAACAACCCGUCGCGCCCGCCGCCCGUCAUCCAACGAUCGCUACGCCCUCCCCCACAAAAAGUUGCGUGCCGUGAAGGCCAUCAUCAGCGACCUCGUCGGCUUCUCGCCCAUGGAGAGGCGCGUACAGGAGUUGCUUCGAGUGGGAAAGGAUAAGCGCGCACUAAAGUUCUGCAAGAAGCGCCUCGGCAGCAUCAAAGCAGCGAAGAAGCGCCGCGCGAAGGUGGAGGAGGCUCUCCGCCAGCAGACCAAAAAGAAGUAG